AUGCUGGGCCAUCCUAGCUUAGGGAUUGAAAGCGAAUCCGCUUCAAGUGUCGAACAUUUGAAUGAAUCAAGAAGUGAUACUACAUCUAUCAGUUCAGUGGCUGAAAGUAUACAGCCCUCUGGGAAUGUGGAGACGGUCGAAGUCAUACGCCAAGCACAAGAUGUGAUUAAGUGCCUUACUGAAAGAUGUGAAGAACUGGAACGUUUGGGUGAAACUUUGCCUAUUCUUCGAAAAGAAAUUCGGAGCCAAAUCGAUCAAAGUAUGCAGAUGAUCCAACGAAGAUUAACAGAACGCCAUGAAUUCCUCAUUAACGAGCUUGAUGCCUCUUUAAAUUCAAGGACUGAACAUAUAAUCAAGAUGAGAACUGAAUUUGAGACCCGUCUUCAGCGGCUUUCCUCUCAUGUGGAUUUGUUGAAGCGUCUCGUUCAAAUGUCCCCCAGUAGCGCUUCCAGUCAGAACACUCAAAAGGGUAACUCUGGCCCUCCAACUCGUGCUGUUGCUGUUCAGAAGCACAGACAGGAGAUAGAAAAGAUUCUCACAAUUCCAGUCCCAUUUCAUCCAUCGGAAUACGAUACAAUGUCGUUCUUCCCCACUGAGCUGGAUCAGCUUUUGAGUAUGAUUCAAUGUGUUGGUGCUAUUGGUUUAACCAGUAUCGAUGCAAACAUGACAACUUUGGCAGAGACUCCAGGAGAAGAGUUCUCACCAAUUCGGAGAUGUUCUGUGAAUGAGGAAGUUAUGGUGGAAAUCGUUCCAAAGGAUAGCCUCGGAAGACUUGUUGUUAACCCAACUUCAAAAGAGUUUACAGCGUCAAUGACUACUCGAGCGGAGUAUUUGACCGAAGCAAGUACCCCUGGUGCUUAUGACUUAAACAUCAAAAUGUAUGGCGAACACAUUCAAGGAUCACCGUUCCUGGUCUUUGCCAGAGCGCCUUGUAAACCGGAUAUUAAAGCAUGGAUAGAAAAAAUGCAUGAAUAUAGUCACUUGCCCCACCGAAUUCGCUCUAUUUGUGAGACCCGCAGAAGAUGCACAUCUGCACCAUCUCGUUCUGUGAAGCCUGAUCCACCCGAGGCGCUCGCGGAUAUCAACCGUUUGCACAGAGGUGAUCUGCUUCAAACGGUCGGAACCAAGGGCAGAGGUGAUGGAGAAUUUGCCAAUCCAACCGGUAUUUGUGUUACACGUGAAAACAAGAUACUGGUUGCUGAUAGUAAUAACGCUUGCAUACAAGUAGAACGCAAGCAUGCUACCCACUCGGCCACCGAGCAGCUGACCAAACCGUUUCUCAAUUUGAAUUUACACGAUAUAGCACAACUCGAUUGUGUGAGCUUGUUGCGAUUAUCGAUCCUCACUCAUUUCAGCAUUAGCCUCCAGGGUGAUGACUCGGCUUGA